AACCCUGCAAAAGUACGCAAAAACGGAAGAAGAGAUCAGAAGAAGAAGAACACAACGAAAAGCCACAUUUCAAACGCGCGUAUGUGUGUGUUCUUUUUUUGUUUGGAAGGGAAAAGAAGAUAUAAACGACAUGACGAAGAGAACACACAGAAAAAAAACAGUUGAACAGCGGGGGUAGUUCCGAAGUGCAUUUAAUGAGCCAUACAAACACACACACACACAUAGUAGUAAGAAUACAUACCUUAGCACGGCUGUGAAUGUGUGUGCGUAUGCUAGCGGCACACCAACACUAGCACGCGUGCGGUAACGAAACUGCGCUAGCGCCGCCACCAUCGUCACGCUACAGCGGGCUACAGUGAGAAAGAAGAGGCGAAGAAGCCCCCCGGUACGGGAAGCGGCAGAAGAAAACAACCAAGCGAAGAAGCAAAACAGACAGUUCGCGCAACUGCGAUGGUACAAGAAGAGCAAGAAGCAACAUAACAGAAAAAGCAAUCGAUGAUGAUGAUGACGAUGACGACGGCGACGAGACGACGUAGAUGAGAAAGUUUAAUUGUAGCCCAUUCGCUCUCGCACGUAGAUGUGCGGUGUAUAGCGGGGUAGCAGAAAAGAGACGGAUAGCGGUGAAGUCGGAGUGUGUGUGAAAGAGAAACGUGAUCGCUGUUUAAAGUUAAAAACCCACACGAUGCAAGACAGGCACGAAAACUGUAAGCCCAACUUUGUGGAGGAGUUUAUUGAGCUGUACAAAAGUUUCCCGUGCCUGUGGCAUCGGAAGUCGAGCGAGUACGAGCAGCAGAAGCAGCGGGCCUACGAUGCGCUGGUGCAAAAGUACCGCGAGGUUGAUCCGCAGGCAAACAAGGAAACGGUCAAGCGAAAAAUUAACGCACUCCGAACUGGAUAUCGCAAACAGUUGCGACGGUUGCAUCGGCCAUCCCGAGCAGCAGGCAGUAGUAGCAGUAACAACAACAGCGACGCCCAGCGCCAACCGACCUGGUGGUAUUUUCAACUGUUUGACUUCCUAGACGACUAUCCCAGCUGGCUGAAGCAGAACGGCCGACAGGAGCAAUCGCAGCAAGCCCAUGUGUCACAGGACUCCGAGGUGGAGCAAUCAGAUGACAUUGAUGACAGUUUGGAGCAGCAGCAGCAGCAGCAGCAGCAGCAACAUACCGUCAAUUCGCAAUGGACUGAAUCGUGUAGUAGUGGCUCACAGCACCAAUUCCAACCACUGACGACUGCGCAACGGCGGUUUAGCGGCGUGCCAGAGUUAGACGAGCUGGUGGACCAGAAAUUGAACGACUUCCUUCAGCACGAUCCAUCGGUGGUGUACGGCAAGCAUGUCGCCAACAAGUUGCGGUCGCUGAACGAACUGCAGAACAAGUUCGCCCAGAAGCUGAUCAACGAUAUCAUAUUCGAGGCAGAGAUGGGAAGUUUGAGCAGAGACUGCACCCUGGAAGGAUUGACAGGCAUCGCACCGAACGAUUUCCAAGGGAAUAGUUCGACACAUCAUUAGAAAGGUGGAAAGGCGGUUCGGAGUUUAAGUGCGUUUCAGCAAAGAUUAUCAGGUCUGGACUAUGUUGAGUUAAGAUGUCGUCAUCAAUAUGAAUUGUAAAGAAGAAAGGCCAUAAAUGUGAUGUAAAUGUAAAUGAAUA